UGCCGCGGCAGACGCUACACGGAGUUCUUCGCGUGUGGAGGCACAUUUUAAAGCGGUAGAAUAUGGUUCUGAUUACUUUGACCCUGGUUUCGUUGGCGGUGGGGCUGCUGUAUGCGGUUCUGAUAUGGAACUACGACUACUGGAGAAAGCGGGGGGUGCCGGGUCCCAAGCCCAAGCUAUUAUGCGGCAACUAUCCACACAUGUUUACUCUGAAGCGCCAUGCUAUCUACGAUCUAAACGACAUCUACAGACAGUAUAAGCACAAGUACGACGCUGUUGGCAUUUUUGGAUCCCGCUCUCCUCAGCUGCUGGUUGUCAAUCCCGAGCUGGCCCGUCGAGUCUUCGUAUCCAACUUUAAAAACUUCCAUGACAAUGAGAUUGCCAAGAACAUUGACGAAAAAACUGAUUUUAUUUUUGCAAACAACCCGUUCUCGCUAACUGGCGAAAAGUGGAAGAAUAGGCGGGCAGACGUGACUCCUGGUCUAACAAUGGGACGGAUUAAGACAGUCUAUCCGGUGACGAACAAGGUGUGCCAAAAGCUGAGCGAGUGGGUGGAUAAGCAAUUACGUCUGGGUUCGUCCGACGGCAUCGAUGCCAAGCAUAUGAGUCUAUGCUUCACCUCAGAAAUGGUCACCGAUUGCGUUUUGGGCCUGAGCGCUGAAAGCUUUUCAGACAAGCCCACGCCCAUUAUGGCGAGUAUAAAGGACCUGUUUAACCAGCCCUGGACCUUCGUGCUCUUUUUUGUGCUGACUAGUACCUUUCCGUCGCUGAGCCACUUGAUCAAACUGCGCUUCGUACCGCUCCGAGUGGAACGCUUCUUCGUCGACCUGAUGGGCAGUGCAGUGGAGGCCCGUCGCGCCCAACAAUCCGCUGGAAAGCAGUUCGAGAGGUCUGACUUCCUGGACUACAUCCUGCAGCUCGGGGAAAAGCGUAAGCUGGACAAUCGCCAGUUGCUUGCCUAUUCCAUGACCUUCUUGCUGGACGGAUUUGAGACGACGGCCACGGUGCUGGCUCACAUGCUCCUCAACCUGGGACGUAAUAGUGAGGCUCAGGAGCUUCUGCGGGAGGAGAUCCGCGCCCAUCUGCAGGAUGGCAUUAUAAACUUCGAGAAACUUAACGACUUGCCUUUCUUGGAUGCUUGUCUGCAGGAAACCAUCCGCCUCUUCCCGCCCGCCUUCAUGUCCAACAAACUCUGCACCGAAUCAAUCGAGCUUCCGAACAAGGAUGGCCCCAACUUCGUGGUGGAGAAGGGUACCACUGUUGUAGUACCCCACUAUUGCUUCAUGGUGGAUGAAGAUUUCUUUCCCGAUCCUCAGUCCUUCCAGCCAGAGCGUUUUAUGGAGCCCGAUGCGGCCAAAACGUUCAGGGAACGUGGUGUCUUUAUGGGAUUCGGAGAUGGUCCACGCGUGUGCAUUGGAAUGCGAUUUGCCACAGCGCAGAUAAAGGCAGCCAUUGUGGAACUGCUCUCAAAGUUCAAUGUCAAGAUUAAUGCCAAAACCCGCAAAGACAAUGAGUUUGACCCUGCCCAAUUCAUCUCUGGUCUGCGAGGCGGCAUUUGGUUAGACCUUGAAAAGCUGUAGAGAUUCAAUUGAUCCAUCACUCAACUCAGAGAGACGACAUAAAUGGGCUUAGUGAGCGGCACAAGUUUCCAAUCUGUUAUUACAUUAAAUAUAAUACAUACCACCAGUGCGAUUGUUAAGCUUGCAAUAGCUUUCCUUUUAUAUUGAUUUUUGUACAUAUACUUAUUCUUUAUUAAAUGUAUUAUUGUUUUUUAUAAAGAUAUACUUUUGGCUAAAUUAAA